AUGUAUAGGCAAAUAACAUCAUUUUGGAAUCCUCAUCGAAAAAUUUUAAAUGAUGUCUUUCUUUUAGAACAUACAAAAUCGCAUGUGGAUGUAUUCAUUAAUUAUUCUAUCGUUUUAAUGAAAAAAUUGGAAACUUCAGUUGGAGAAGAAUUAGACGUUUUCCAUUUCAUUUUUCGCUGUACAUUAGAUAUAAUAUGUGACAGCAUGCUGGGUACGAAAAUAAAUUCGCUGACAAAUCCGGAUUGCAAAUUAGCUGAAGCAAUAGAAUGUGGAAUGGAUAUAGCUGCACAGAGGAUCUUCAAAUUAUGGUUACAUCCAAAUAUAAUUUUUUAUAACACUGCUAUAGGAAAGAAAUAUCAGGCUAAAAUUAAUCGGGAAUUGACAGAGGAAAAUUUAGAACCAAAGUCAAGGACACUUCUAGAUUUUUUAUUUGAAUUGUCGCACGAAAGGGGAAAAUAUUCGGAGCAAGAUAUCUGCGAAGAAAUGAAUACAAUAAUUAUAGCUUACAAAGUAUAUGAGGAACUAAAUCAAAUUCACUGCUCAGACGAUCCGAAACGUGUUCUAAUAUCAUAUAAUGAUAUUAAAAGUAUGAAACUUUUAGAACAUGUGAUCAAGGAAACAUUACGUCUUCGCAGGUCCAGUCAUCGCCUGGAGAAUAGUUCAGCAGUAUUUCUCAUUUAUAAACUUCAUGGAAGCGCAAAAUAUUGGCCAUGGCCAUUAGUAUUCGAUCCCGAUAGGUUCCUACCAGGAAAGAAUUGUUCUUCAUAUUUCUUUCCAUUUAGUUACCGUCGAAGAAAUUGCAUAGGUCAAAAUUUUGCUAUGCUAAACAUGACAAUAAUUAUUGCUACACUGAUAAGAAGAUAUCUAAUUAAAAUAUAUAAUCCAAUAGGAUUUGCAGAAAUAGAUUUAACGAUAAGCCUCACAUUAAAAUCGGCCGUUCAACCAAACGAAUCGAGUGAUAUUAUUCAACGCACGCGACGGGAAAGUGAUCGAGUGAAGACGAUUGGACAAAAUAUGGACUACAAAACAACCGAGGCUGCAUAUGUAAUAGUUGCGUCAUACACAACGGAAGUUUAUGAAAAAACUAUAUCAUUUAAAGUAUUAGAUUUAUAUGGAGUUGUUUCAAUUCUUGCAGGAAUACUUUAUUUAUUCACGAGACUGUUUCCAAACGAUCCCACUAAAGAGCCUUUAGAAAAUAAAGAAUAA